UCCCUCGCCCUGCUUUUUGUUGCUCUGUACCUGCAGCAGCAUCUUCCACAUGCACACACUCUGGGCUUGUUGUGAGGAGUGUCCAGGAUGGAUGAGAGAACAAUCCAGGGAGUGAAUUGGGCUCUGGCAAAUCUCUAUUGGAAGCAAGAGGCUGGACUUUCAGGCACCAGCACUAAUCACCUGGAGUUAACAGGAGCAUUCUUUUGCCCUGCUUUAUGGCUUUGGCAGGUAAACGCAGCAAACCCAAGCGUGGCAAAGGUAAAGGCGCCAGUAAGAAAGAGCAGAAGGUGGUGAAGGAAGUGGAUAUCCUCAGCCCAGAUGCCAUGCUCAAUGCUUACUACAUCUGCCACAAUGCUGCUGCCUGCCUGGAGUUACGGGGCUUUCCCUGGCCUGGCUCCCCCAAAAAGAAGAAAAGAAAGUAACUGUCUGGAAGGUGAAGGACUUGGAGAAAACCAGGCUGCCCUGGGAAGAAGAGACAUUUCUGUGGAUUAGACUCUAGUGAUUAGCUCAUA